AUGAUGCGGAGGUGUUUUUGCUACGCGGCUCGGUGCAAGUGGGGGCAACGAACAUGGUCGCCGACGGCGUCAAGUGGCGGCGCCGCCCCGACAAAUGGCGUCAGCGCACAGGAGGCGCUGCAGAUAGUCUACCGCCCAAUGCCACUCCCACAGACAGUGGAGUACGAAGAGGAUUUUGGCCACAACUUGAUGAUUCACCGUGAGUUUGUUUCGAAGCGGCAUCGUGACCAGCUGAGCUUUGAGUUGGGUGCGCUGGCGUACAGCGAGGUGGAACUGCGUCGCGGGCGACAACAACUUGCGGGUGUGAUGAACCGUGAGCGGCGUGGGGUGGCUAUUGGUGCCGCAGGGGCGCCCGGCGACCAGCUGCACAUGCAGACAGACGUUGACCCCGACACAAGGGAGGUAUUAACGGCACGUUACUUGUUUGAUGAGAAGCGGAUGCAAUUCUGCGACCGAUUUCAGAACUUUCUCCAAAGCCGUCUGGAGGGACAUGCGGCGCAGAGUUCAGAUGGUGGGAAGGGCGGAGAGGACAAGCAGUACCUUUUUUCUUUGAUGGAGGCUUGCGCAGUGAUUUACGGCUGCGAAACACAUGCCGCACGUGAGGUGUACUUCCGCAUGUUUCUUUCCCUCGACUUGGACUCCCUUGAGGCGGAGCAAGAGGCGCUGCGUCAUCGCAUUGCAGAAGGGAAACUCGUGCGGCAGGCGCUAGAGCAAAGUGAAGAAAAAGAUGGGGAGGGCAAUGCCGUUUUGCCGGUAUCAAGAGGGAAUUCUUCAACUACCCUUGACGAUGACGCCGCCUUCAUUGCCUCCAUUCCGGAGCUUUCGCUUUUUGAGGAUACACCGGGGGUGGACGACGACGGAUCCGUCAAGAACGAAACGCACCCACCCGCUCUAGCAGACAAGGAAUUUUUGCCGGCUGGUGUUGUGGAUGAUUCUGGAAGCCUCCGCAACUCCUCACACUCCGCCAUUGAGUUACCCGAGGAAUUUGAGGAGUAUGCCCCGCUCUACAAGGCAUACCUUGCCCACGCAAAAGGAGAGAGUGGCAUCGCCUCUUACGAUGUGUCGACGCUGGGAUCAACAGGCAUCACGGCGGAACGACGCCGUUGGCGGAAUUUGAUGGAUAAGAUUGUGCGGGAGGAGUACCACACAAUGACAGAAACGGAGCAGAUGGAUGCACUAAUUCUCAACGAGCAGCUUCACACUGUGAAAUUCUUUGACCUUAAAGUGGGUGACACUGUGCGGGAGAUUCUGCAACUUUUGCAGCGCGAGACAGGAUGCGGCUCGUCGGCGCAUCGUGACGAACCUCUCGGUAUCUCUCCGCAUCACCCAGAGCGGCGCAGUUGA